CAAGGAAGGAAGGAAAGGAAUCCGAGCGCCCCCAGACUUUCGCUUCCCUCUCUCCCCUUCCCUUCCUUCCUCGGGACGCGUCUCCUCCUCUGCCGCGCCGGAGGCCCGGUACGGCGGCGGCCGACGUCGUGUUCCCCGCAGGGAGCGCGCCCCUGCCUCCCUCUCCGGCUGCCGUUUCCUCGCGCGCGUCGUCUCGGUUUCGAGGACCCCGGAAUGCGCCGCCGCUAACCACCCGAUACUGGAGAAGAUUUCUAUCUCUCUGUUUUCUGCCACCUAGUAACAUGGAGGAAUAUUUUAGUAGGAGUUCCAAAGCAGCAAUUGGGUUUAUCAGAAGAGGUUCUGGUAUCUCUUCGAGAAAUCAAACUCCUCAAGAGAGAACCAGCCAAGGCACCGAUGGACCGGGAUACAGCACUAGAGUCAAUCCUGUGAAAACCAGUAUGGCUAAUAAUCAGGAGAGACCAAGAUAUUUACGUGAUUCGUUUAAAUCUUCAAGCUCAAAGGUUGUGCCUGGAAGCUCUUCCAAAGUUCCUCUUGGGAAGUUUGGUGAGGAAAAGCGAAGGCAUACCUUGUUGGAAGGGGUUGACAUUGUUGAUAGUAGUAGAAGAACAGCUGAGGCCAAGCGUCUGGAUAGUAAGAAAAUUGUUGUAGAGGAUCAGAGUUCAGAUGCUCCGUGGAGUGAGACAGAAGGAUUAACUGCCAAAGAUGACCAAUUGGUAGUACCUGAUCCUGAUGUUUUGCAUUCUGCUGAUUCUUCAGAAAUACCUGCACAUACAGUUGAGUUCUUGCGAAGGAGUGCUUCACUAAGUUCUGAAACACAUAGACAGAAGGAUAAACAACUGAAUUUGGGUAGACCUGGAUACUCUCGCUCUUCAUUUACAAAUCAGCCCACUGUACCUAGAAUUCCUACAGUUGAUGCGAAGCCAUCAUAUGGUCUUGUUAGUGGAGAACAGAGAUGUGGACCACGUGGUCUUAAAAACCUUGGUUGCACUUCAGUCUCGGAUGUUCUGCCUUCAGGAUGCUCAUCUGAUUCUGUGUAUAGCAGGAGGUUUCAUGCUAUGAGAAAGAGAGCAUCUGACGAGGAAAGCACUUCCAGAUCAAGGGGCAUAAGUGGACCAUCCAGUUUAGGUCAUUCCCAUGCAAUUUAUCCUGGCAUUAGUCGUCCUAGAGUCAGAACUACUGAACAACCAGUUUCUCAAUUAACAACAAGAAGCAGUGGCAGAAAAUUUCUGGAUUCAGCAGAGUCAGUAAGGACAAGACGGCCUUCUCCUCAGGACACUAGGAUCAGCACGUCUGAGGAUAGAGAGGAUAACAUGAUUUCUCUACAUGGCUCAACCACGGGGAAUCAACAGUUAGCUGAGGGGCAUUUUUCUGUGGCAGGAGUUUCUUCAGAAAGCUCCAUAAGACCGUUCCCUGUGGAACUACCUCAUGCAAUGUACUCAUCUAGUCGUCAGGUAUCGAGUGGUCAGACUGCACAUAGAAGAUCAAGCUCUCGUGUUGUGGAAAGUCCUCCACAAACAUUUCACAGUACCUUGGGGGAGAGAAAUGGCCACAGACACGUAAACAUGGAAGGCAUCGCAGAGGUAUUGCUAGCACUGGAAAGGAUUGAACAAGAAGCUGAACUGACCUAUGAGCAGCAGUUGCGGGUACUUGAGACAAAUCUGUUACUUAGUGCUUUAGCCUCGCAUGAUGAACAUAGCGACAUGCGGAUGGAUAUUGACAACAUGUCAUAUGAGGAACUGUUAGCAUUAGAAGAGCGAAUAGGAUCUGUAAGUACUGCUCUUUCUGAAGAACAGUUCACGAAAUGUCUCAGAAGGCGUUUAUAUAAACCUGUUACUGCAGAAGUAAACAGAUCAGGUGUAGAUGACAUCAAAUGCAGCAUAUGCCAGGAGGAGUUCAUGGAGGGCGAAGAGGUUGGCAGGUUGGGUUGUGAGCACCAGUUCCACGUGUGCUGCAUUCACCAGUGGCUCCUGCAGAAGAGCUGGUGCCCAAUAUGUAAAGCUUCGGCGUCGCUGUCUCUGAACUGAACCUAAGCAGGUUCGAACUUGUAAAUUGCUAUGGUCUUGAAAGGUAGUCUCCGUCUGUGAAACUUGUGAAUAAUCCUGGCUGAGCUCUCUCUCUAGUCCAGUCCAGUCUGUGAAUACAAAUCAGAUGGUUUCUGCCCUGGAAAAGGCUCCAGUUUGUGAAAUAUCAAAUCUGACUGUACCUGGAGUGUUAUCAAUGAGUGUUUGAACUUUGAAUCA